AUGGCAGAAUAUCUAUCGGAAAGAGAACUGAGAAAAAUCCUCAGGAGUCGUGCUAGAGAAAGGCAACUACAGGAAGAAGAAGAAAAGAAAAAUGCUAGAAGAAUGGCAAGAAAUGAAAGGAGUCAUCAGGAAAGUUCUAGGCAUGAACAAAUACAGAUACAUAGUGUUUUGAAUAACAAUGCUGGAGAGGAAGUUCUUGAUACGGAACCUGAUAGAGGCCAUUAUUAUAAAUAUAUAGAUAAUGAGCUCGACAUAGCAUAUGGAAGGAUGCAGUAUGAAAGUGAUUCAGAUAGUGAAUUGUCUAAUUUAAACACAAUAGAUGAAUAUCUUCAUGAAGAAACUAGAAGAAGUAUUCAAAACAGCUUAAGAGAAAAGAAAUCUAUUGAAGGUACAACACUCAGUAAGGAUACAGAAAGUGUUGAAAGUAAUUUGGCCUAUAUCAACAGACACAUAGAGGAUCUAAAUCUAACUCUCAAAGAGUUACAGGAAAAGGGAGAAGGAAAUUUGCAAGAAAAGCUGAAUGUGGAAAACGAGGAGUGUUUUGAAGAAAACACAUACGAAGGAAAUAUAGAAAGAGGAGAGACAGAGAGAGUGAACACAAAUGAAAGAUAUGACUCAUGGAGAUACGUUUCAGAGAGAAGCAAUAGAAUGACAGAUACUAAAGGAGAAAAAAAGAAUGAACAAAUUCAGAAAGAUAUUGACAUGAAGUUGUCAAAAAUUAGAAAGGAAAAUGAUGACAUCAAAAGUCAUUCAAGUCGUUAUGAAAGAGAAAGUUUGAAGCUUAGAAAGUUACAAUUAGAAGAAGAGAAACAUAGGCAGCUGAUGUUAGAAAAUGAACUGAAAUUACAAGAAGAAAUAGAUAGGAAGAGAAAGUCUGAGAAAGAGUUACUAGAAAGAAUAAAGCUAUUAGAGGAACAAGAAUGUGACCUCAAUAGCAAGAGGAACGAAAACGAAAUACUUGAACGAGAAAUAUCUGCUAAGAAAGUUGAAGAUGAAGCACUAAAUCAGAAAAUAACACUUCUUAAAGAGAAGGAGAGAUUGCUAACGCAAAAAGCUGAGACACAGGUGAAAGAUAAGGAUGCAAUGAAAAAGGAUAAAGUCGAAAGACAGAUAAUAAAAGUAGACAGAGAAAGAAAAGAUGAAUAUCCAGCUUUUAAACUAGGUUCACCAAAGAUACCUUCAUUCGAUGGGACUCAUUUCGAGAACUGGAAAAUGGAAGUAAACUGUCUCCUUCAAACAAAGAUGUAUCCAGAUUACGCCAUUUUACAGGCAAUUAGAAAUUCUCUGAAGGAUGAAACACGACAAGUUUUGCUGACAUUGAAAGCCACAGCAACAAGCAGAGAAAUAAUGGAUAAGCUCAGUGAAAUAUAUGGAGAUAUCAAAACGGAGGACAAAGUAGUCCAAGAUUUUUAUUCUGCAAAGCAAAAGCAAGGUGAAACAAUAUCUGCUUGGGGAGUUAGAGUUGAGACAUUGUUUCAGAAAGCUGUAGAUAAAGGAGAAAUAGAAGAAAGGAAAAGAGAUAAAAAGUUAAAGGAAAGGUUUUGGAGAGGACUAAAGUCCGAGAAAUUGAAAUUUGCUACAAGAGUAUUUUAUGAAUCGACAGAUUCAUUUGAAAAGUUACGUAGGAAAACUCGACUAGAGGAAGAGGAAGAUAGUAAAGACUUAGAAAGAGAGAGGUCAGAACAGAUAAAGAUCAACGCUCUGCAGGAGAAGAAAAUCGAUGAAAAAUUAGGUAUUCUUCAAGAACUCCUUGAACGGAUGAAGACAAUGGAGUCAGAUAUAGGAAAGCUUAAACACCAGAACCAAUAUAGAAAUCAAAGUAACCAAGGAAGGGAUUAUCAAAGGAGGCCAUUUAGAGGAGGAUACAGAGGUAGAAGAUUUGAAUACAGAGAUCGCCGUUCAAAUGGAGAUCAAACCAAUGAUAGAAAUAGAGAAAACAAAGGCAAACACGAUGAUAAGGAACAAUCUACAGAUACACGGAUAGGAAAGAACAAAUCUGACAAGCAGAAUUUAAAUGGGGACAAGCUUCCAUCGGAGGGCCCGAUGGAAGCUCGAAAGUAA